GCAUGUAUCGUCGCGAAGCGUGUCGCGUUCUCUUUUCCGCUCGAACGCGGUUCUCUAGCGGUUCUCUUCCUCUUGCGAGUGCUCUAACGGGAGUGCCUCGUUAGGACGUCGUCAACGCUAAUCGUGAGCGUCUCAGCAGUACGCGUUUCAGUAGAAUUCAUGCCUUUUAUCCGAGUACUCCAUGUUUACUCGCAAGGAUAGAGACCCGACGAGUGUAAUAAAAGAUAUUUUCGUAUCAAGAUUCAUCGAAAUUGAUUGUAAAUUCCAUCAUUAUAGAUUUUAUUUCCGAAUUUAUUGGCAUAGAGAGAGAACUGAUGUUUGUAAAGAUUGUUUUGUAGCUUGCUUACCUCAUUAUUAGUGUCACCUUCUCAUUGGCUGCUUAUGAACAUGGAAACUCGUCGCCGUAUUGACGGUUCUUCUCCGGACAGAAACGCGCGAGGAUCAAGCCUGAUGUCCGUAUGGUCGACCAGCACCGGGCGCAAUACAGUGUUUGCCGCGCAGAGCGGCGGAGCGGUGCUUCCCACGUCGCACCUGCCAAUUCACGUACACGUGGCGCACGCACACCUGCGCAACCCUGACGGCCACUGCUUUCACAAACCGUACCACGAUCACCAUUGUCAGUCGACGAUGUCGCAAGCGGGGGAUGGCCUUCACACGCCGGGUUACCUAUCCUGGAGAAAAUUGCAGCUGAGCCGUGCGAAACUCAAGGCAUCCAGUAAAACGUCGGCCCUGCUCUCUGGUUUCGCUAUGGUUGCCAUGGUAGAGGUACAGCUGAAUUCCACUACGCAAGUUCCCACGGAGAUGCUGAUCGCUUUUGCCGUGUGCACGACCCUCCUGGUGGCUGUUCAUAUGCUGGCGCUAAUGAUAUCCACGUGCAUAUUACCGAACAUCGAGGCCGUCUGCAAUUUGCAUAGCAUAAGUCUCGUACAUGAAUCGCCGCACGAACGUUUACAUUGGUAUAUCGAGGUCGCGUGGGCCUUCUCCACAUUGCUCGGCCUCCUGCUGUUCCUACUGGAAAUUGCGAUACUCUGCUGGGUAAAGUUUUAUGACUUUUCGCAAGUGGCCGCCUGGUCGGCCUGUAUAGUGCUGAUACCAGUAUUGAUAAUCUUCCUUGCGUUCGCGAUACACUUUUAUCGGAGCUUGGUCGCACAUAAGUAUGAAGUCACGGUGUCCGGAAUACGAGAGCUCGAGUUACUCAAAGAGCAGAUCGAAUCCACGGAUGUGGAGGGCAGAAACGGUGUCAAUCUCCUGCGGACCAAUUGCGGAGCAACGCAUAUCGUUUGAACCGGUCUGUUCGAUCUUUCCUGUUGUCGGAUUUUUUGUUUUGGACUGAAUACGCAGGAAGAUACUUCGCGAAAUACGAGGCGAAAGGGAGGGGCAGCAGGGAUCUGUUGAAGCAUGCGAAGAUGCCGCGAGUAUCAUGAUGUUUCUCCUGCUGGGAAACGGAAUCUUUCGAGUGUAAGUUACUCACGAAGAACAUGACAAAUGACCACCCUCUUCGUGCACAUGCACAUGCUGCAAAUGUUACGAAAGUUCGGUCAGAUAAGAUCUUCCUCUUUUUUCUUUUUAUUUAUACGCGUGUCCUCUGUGAUGUAAAUUAAUAUAAGUAUGUACAAUAAAACUCUGUUCAUUGACGAUGCGAAAGCAUCGUAAUGGCAGAUUUAGGAAAGAGAUAAAGUUCGAUAAAACGUCAUUAUAUAUAUAUAUACAUAUAAUACAUUCCUUCAUUCGCGCGUUGCGACUUAAAUGUAGGAAGAAUAAUACUGAGAAGAUACAUCGAGACUUGCAAUUUGAAGAUAGCCUUUUAUCGGAAGGUUACUGAAUAUACAAAUGAAUGUACUUAUCUUUUUAUUGAAAAAAAAACGUGCUUAUUUUCGAAAAAUGCCAUCAGUGUUUAUAUUUUUUGUUAUCUCAGCAAAUUGUCGGACACGUACGAAAUAUACAACACAUAUUUCGCGUUACAUACAUUUGCCAAUGUAAUACAUAGAAAGUGAAUUAUCUUUCUUAAAAAUAUACUUUUAAAUCACUAUCACGCAGCGAGAUUUUCUUUACAAUAUUUCAAUACAUAAAUACAUCACGUUGAGCUACAUACAUUCAUAGACGUAUAAUGGGCGUUUUUCAGCGAGCGACACAAAGGGCACAGUAUAACACAGUGAAUCAUUUCAUCCUUGUUUACAUUCGGCAAACAAUAAGGAUGAAGUGAUACACUGCAUCUUCUGUGUCGCUUACUGAAAAAUACUUGUAUAUGGACUGCGCAUUCCCACUCUCUCCUUUGUUUCAGCAAUAAUGUAUAUGAAAUUUUAGAAAAAGAAAGUUUGUGUUCAUAGUAGCUUCUUCUUUGUCUAACGACGCGUGGUGAGCGAAAGAAGUCGAUCAAGACAUAAAAAACGCAGUGGCUAUUUAUUAAAUUUUUCCCCCACUUUUGUUAUUGAUAGACAGAGAAGAAACUAACACCAUGAAAGCAUGUUGUCUCCUUCUAAAAUUUAUAUAACUUUCUAGCCAAACCCGAAGUCUGUAUAUUAUACAUACAUUACGAUUAUAAUAGAAAUAAAAGAAAUAUCAAUGUGUGGGAAGUUGAAUGCAUAUACACAAUUUUGCGAUUAAUUUGAGAUGCAUUAUAUUUUGUUGAUAAUAUAUGAAAGUCGAAUGCGUAUAUAUUCAGUUAUUAUUUGUAUAUAUUUUUUUCGGCGCGCGAAUUAAUGGAUAAUAACUGGAUAAUAACGAUGCGACUAAAAUAAAAUUGACGCAGAUACAAAAUCAUACGCACGCAUUAUAUUUGCCGCAAAUGCGGAAAGGACUGGUAUAUAUGAAACAAGUAUGUCUAAAUCGAUUAAAGAAGAUAUAAACGAGAGAUGACGCAAUGCACAUAUAAGUGUAUGGCACUGCUUAGCUAUUUAUCCUUGGAAUAUGUAAUAACGUCGGA